AUGACUAAGGGUGUUUUUGUAAAUAUGGAAAGGUCAAGAAACUCUCUGCUUACAAGAAAAUAUUGUGUCUUUGGGAUGUUUAAGCAAAGAAAUAAGAAAUAUGAUGGGAUAAGGCGGGACCCGUUUAAGAUUCACGUAAUGAAAUUGCAGAUAAAGUGGACUGCUGAAGAUGCUCUUAUGCUCUGGGUAAAGGUUCGGCAUGCUUCAGAAAGAAUAACCAGUGGUAACCUAAUCCUUCAGAUCAAAAGGAGACUUAGGAUGGAAGACUUUAUAGAGCUCGAUAUAGUGAUACUGGUGGAUUCAAAUUUUAUCACUAUCACUAUAUCGAAAAAUAGUGAUAAUAAGCAGGCACGGGCCCAAAUUUUCCAAAAAAUUAUCACUAUAUCGCGAUUAUCACUAUAUCGAAUAUCACUAUACCGAGCUUUGACUGUAACAUUGCAAUACACAGGAUGA